AUUAAUUAAUGUUCAGCCUUUCACCUAUUGUUCAGAAAUCUUAUCAAACCAGCUCUUUUUCCUAUGAAUAAUAGAUGGAUGAUAUGACCUGCAUUGUUGACAAUGGAGUAUCAGGAUCAAUAUAUCUAGGAAAUAUUGAAUCAGCUUGUAUGGAAUAGUUAUUAAAAUAUAAUUUUAGCUAGCCUUGAGAAUCUGAGAAGACACAGAAUCAAUGGUGUUUUAUCAAUUUGUAUGAAUAAGAUACCAUUCGAAGUGCAAACGCAAUUACAAAAUUAUCAACAUAUAUAUUUGGAGGAUUGUGAAUCUGAAAAUAUUAGCAGACAUUUUGAUAGCAGCAACCAAUUCAUUGAAAGAGCCAGAGAAAGUGGGAAUGUGUUGGUUCAUUGUAUGGCUGGCAUUUCAAGAUCAGCUACUCUUGUUGCAGCAUAUUUAAUGAAAAAAAAUAAUAUGAGCGCUCAAGACGCCUUAAGAUUGCUAGAAAGAAAAAGAUGGCAAGUCUAUCCUAAUAAUGGAUUUUUAAGACAAUUGCAACAAUACGAACGAGUAUUACAAUAAAAAACUAAUAAGAGUGACAUUAUGGAGUUUUCACCAUUAAAGGAAUCUUUAUUAAAAAGGUAAAUAUCUUUAUUCAAAAUUAGCAAGUAAUUUUAAACUCCAACCAAGGAAAUCUCAUUCAUGAAUAAAUAUGAAGAAAAACAAUUAUACUCUUCUGGAAUUAAAACAAGGCCUCUUGAUGAUAUUAAAUACGAGAGUUAUAAACGCAAAUCCGUAGGUGCAGAUGUCUAUAGUAGUCCAGAACCAUCAUAAAAAAUACAGUUUUCACUCACCAAUCACAGACCUAAUUCAGCCAUUAGGACUUCUCCAGAUUUGAUCAGAAAGAAGAAUUAUUUAUAAGAUGCAAGUAAAUGUUUUAAUUUAAUUUUGCAGUUCAUGGAAGCAAAAAGGAGGGAUUAGCUUCUCUAGCAUUAGAAUUGAAUUCCUUGGAUUGGUAGAACAGAAAAUAAGAUUUUGGAAAUAAGUUUGCCAAACAAAUGACUCAACCCUCCAGCAAGACAUUUGUUUCUCAGAAUAAACCAUUAUAAUUAAAUUAACAUUAAAGUAAACUGGAUGAAUUAUUAAAUGCCUUUAACAGGAAACCAAUACUUUGA